CCGAAAUCACUGCGAUUUUCUCUGUAACCAUUUUAUCCACUCUGAGCUCCAAUCGAACAGGCGAAGAUUCGGGAAGAGCGAUGGUGUCACCGAAGCAGCUUCUCUUCUUGAUAGAGUCGGCCCUGCUGGGCCCCACUCCGCCUUCGCCGUCGCAGAGGGUGGAGCUGCUUCACGCCGUCCGCCAGUCCAUGCCUCGUCUACGUUCCCUUGUUUCCUACCCGGCUCCAAAGCCCUCAGACAGAGUGCAAGUACAGUCUAAAGAAGUCAGGCUUCCAGAUUCUGGGCGGAUAUCACUUGAUGACCAGGAUGUUCAGAUUGCUUUAAAGUUGAGUGAUGAUUUACAUCUCAAUGAGAUAGAGUGCACACGAUUACUUAUUUCUGCUAAUCAAGAGUGGGGACUAUUGGGGCGAGAUCAUUUAGAAAUUAUGCGCCUUGCUGCAGGACUUUGGUAUACUGAGAGAAGAGAUCUCAUAACUGCUUUUUACAUGAUAUUAAGGGCUGUUGUCCUUGAUCAAGGACAUGAUGCUGAUCUUGUGGCAGAUCUACUUAGAUACAUGGAGGAUCUCAUGAAUGGAGGAGUCAGACAACGAUUAAUUACACUUAUAAAGGAGCUCAAUCGAGAAGAACCAGCUGGAUUGGGUGGGCCAAACUGUGAGCUCUAUGUUCUUGAUUCGAGAGGUGCUCUAGUGGAACGAAAAGCUGUAGUUGCUAGGGAAAGGCUCAUCCUUACUCAUUGUCUUGUCCUUUCUGUUUUGAUUGUACGGGCAAGCCCCAAAGAUAUAAAAGACAUUUUCUCUGCUCUAAAAGACAGUGGAGUGGAACUUAAUUGCAACACCGAUACCAUAAAACAUCAGAUAGCCCAUGGCCUCCUUUUCUCUGUUGUGGUAUCUUUAGUAUCAGAUGCAUUGAGUGCAGUUCUAGAUAAGGCAUCUAUCUUGACCCGAGACGUUUCUUUCAGACAUGAAUUUCAAGAAACUAUAAUGGUUAGUGUGGAAGAUCCUGUUGUCAAAGGCUAUGUUAAUUGCGUAAGGCAUGCUUGGCUUGUACAUUUAAUGUUAAUCCAUGAUGGAGUUGAUACUCAAGACACCGGGCCCAGUGUUUCAUCGCACGACAUUCGAACUAUUAACACAUUGUUGGAAGUCAUAUUCUCUGACAAUGUUUUUGAAUUUUGGAUGGCUAACAUUCUUCAAACUCCUGCUUUUGAGAAUGAUGACGAAGAUAUGGUUUAUAUGUAUCAUGCUUAUUUGCACAAAAUGAUGUCUUGCUUUCUGUCUCAUCCUCUUGGCCGAGAUAAGGUGAAAGAAGCGAAAGACAAGGCUAUGAUAGAAUUGAGUCCAUAUCGCAUGACCAGUUCUCAUGACCAAGAUAGAAGCAUGCAUACUCAGAAGAUUAAUCCAGCUCCACAGACUUUUGUUUCACUUUUGGAGUUUGUUAGUGAAAUUUAUCAGCGGGAACCUGACCUGUUGUCUGGCAAUGAUGUCUUGUGGACUUUUGUCAAUUUUGCUGGAGAGGACCACACUAAUUUUCACACGCUUGUUGCAUUUCUGAAAAUGCUGAGUACCUUGGCUUCUACUGCUGAGGGUUCCUCCAAAGUUUUUGAGUUGCUUCAAGGAAAGACGUUUCGUUCUAUUGGGUGGGGCACUUUAUUCAGCUGCUUAUCGAUUUACGAAGAAAAGUUCAAACAAGCCAUCCAGAGCCCCGGUGCAAUGUUACCAGAUAUACAGGAAGGAGAUGCCAAAGCUCUUGUUGCAUACUUGAAUGUUCUGCAAAAGGUUGUUGAAAAUGCAAAUCCCAUCGAAAGGAAGAAUUGGUUUACUGAUAUUGAACCAUUAUUCAAAUUACUUGGAUAUGAAAAUGUUCCUCCCUAUCUUAAGGGCGCUCUGCGAAAUACGAUCACUACGUUUGUUAAAGUUUCUCCAGUUAUGAAAGAUACAGUUUGGAGAUACCUGGAACAGUAUGAUUUACCAGUAGUUGUUGGACAUCAUGCUGGGACCACUGGACAACCAAUGGCAACACAUGUUUAUGAUAUGCAGUUUGAGCUGAAUGAAAUAGAAGCAAGACGUGAACAAUACCCAUCCACUAUAUCAUUUAUUAAUUUGUUGAAUUCUCUCAUUGCCGAGGAGAAGGAUCUUACUGAUAGAGGGCGCAGAUUCAUUGGCAUCUUUAAGUUCAUUUAUGAGCAGGUAUUUGGGCCAUUUCCCCAGAGAGCCUAUGCAGAUCCUUCUGAGAAAUGGCAGCUGGUUAUUGCUUGCUUCAAUCAUUUCAAGAUGAUGCUCAGCAUGUAUGGCUUCAAAGAUGAAGAUAUUGAAAAUAUUGCUGAUCAAUCUCAACUUUCUGAAUCUGGACAAUCUGCCCCUGUUCAAAUGCAGCUCCCAGUCGUUGAACUGAUGAAAGAUUUUAUGAGUGGUAAAAGUGCAUUUCGGAAUGUUAUGAGUAUUCUUUUACCGGGAGUUAGCAUCGUUAUAAAUGAAAGAACAAGUCAAGGUCAUGGGCACCUUCUUGAAAAGGCUAUACUCCUCUCGUUGGAGAUUAUACUUCUUGUUUUAGAGAAAGAUUUGAUUGUUUCUGAUUUCUGGCGCCCUGUAUACCAGCCCUUGGAUGUCAUUCUUUCUCAAGACCAUAACCAAGUUCUCGCUUUGUUGGAGUAUAUCCGAUAUGAUAUGCAACCUCGUAUUCAGCAGUGCUCUAUUAAAAUAAUGAGUGUCUUAAGUUCUCGUAUGGUUGGGCUUGUUCAACUUCUCUUGAAAUCCAAUGUUGCGGGGUGCUUGGUUGAGGAUUAUGCUGCUUGCUUAGAAUUACGUUCUGAAGAAUGCCAAUCUAUUGAGGACAUGAGUGAAGAUCCUUGUAUACUCAUUCUUCAACUUCUAAUUGAUAAUAUCAGCAGACCUGCCCCUAAUAUCACUCACUUGUUACUCAAGUUUGAUCUUGAUAACCCUAUUGAGCGGACUGAGCUACAACCAAAAUUCCAUUAUAGUUGCUUGAAGGUCAUUCUUGAUCAGUUAGAAAAGCUUCUCAAGCCAGAUGCCAACGCGCUGCUUCAUGAAUUUGGUUUUCAGCUUCUUUAUGAGUUGUCAGUAGAUCCACUAACUUGUGGCCCUAUCUUGGAUUUGUUAAGCACUAAAAGAUAUCAAUUCUUCAUAAAGCAUCUGGACAUAAUUGGUGUUGCUCCACUCCCAAAAAGAAAUAGUAGCCAGUCACUUCGCAUCAGUUCCCUUCACCAGAGAGCUUGGCUGUUGAAGCUUUUAGCUGUAGCAUUGCACUCUCCAGAUAUGUCUAGCUCCACACAUCGAGAAACAUGUCAAAGUAUCAUAGUUAAACUAUUUGGGCAAGGCAUCUCAGAUGAUUCUAUUACUCCAGACAAUCCCGAUAUAGCUGGAGCAAGAAUGAUCAGUAAAAAUAAGGUCUUAGAAUUGCUUGACGUUGUUCAGUUUAAAACUCCUGAAACGUCAUUGAAGUCUUCUCAGAUUGUUUCCAGUAUAAAGAAUGGAUUUCUGGCAGAGGAUAUACUUAGCAAUCCUUCCACUACUGAGAAAGGCGGUUUGUAUUACUACUCAGAACGUGGAGACCGUUUGAUUGAUCUGACUGCAUUUCGUGACAAACUUUGGGAGAAAUAUAAUUUGCAUGAUCCCCAGCUAAGCUCCUUUGGCACUGAAGUUGAACUUAAUGAAAUUCGAGAAACAAUACAACAAUUACUGAGAUGGGGAUGGAAAUAUAACAAAAAUCUUGAAGAACAAGCUGCUCAGCUUCAUAUGCUAACGGGCUGGUCUCUUGUUGUUGAGAUAUGUGCAUCUAGAAGAUUAUCAUCUCUUCAAAGCCAAACCGAAGUAUUGUUUCAGUUACUAGAUGCCUCACUCGGUGCUUCUGGUUCUCCUGACUGUUCACUGAAGAUGGCACUAAUUUUAACCCAGGUUGGUCUGACAUGCAUGGCAAAGCUUCGCGACAUGUGUUUCUUAUGCCCCGGUGGCUUACAAUCUGAGACCAUCACUUACCUUGACAUAAUAAUGGCAAAACAAUUGUCUAAUGGUGCAUGCCUUUCUAUUUUGUACAAAAUGAUAAUGGCAAUUCUCAGACAAGAUUCAUCUGAAGCUUUAAGGAGGCGCCAAUACACCUUGCUUCUUAGCUAUUUCCAGUACUGUCAGCAUAUCCUUGAUCCUAGUAUACCUGCCUCAGUGAUGCAGUUCUUUCCAAUGGAUGAGCAGGAUAAUGAAGAUGCUGAUCUUGACAAGAUUGUCAAAGAUCAUGCUGAAUUAUCACAUGCAAACUUCUCUAUUUUAAGGAAGGAAGCUCAAGCAAUUCUUGAUUUGGUCAUUAAAGAUGCAACUCAUGGAAGUGAAUUGGCAAAAACAAUUUCGUUUUAUGUUUUAGAUGCACUUAUAUCCUUUGAUCAUGAGAAGUUUUUCUUGAAUCAACUUCAAAGCAGAGGCUUCCUCAAGUCUUGCCUUAUCAGCAUCACGAAUUUUUCGUAUCAGGAUGGGUUUCCUGUUGGGUCAAUGCAGCGCGUGUGCACUCUUGAAGCAGAACUUGCUCUGCUAUUGAGAAUAAGCUAUAAAUACAGGAAAUCAGGGGCACAAGUUCUCUUUUCAAUGGAUGCAUUGGACCGUAUAUCCUCAUGUAGAGCACUAAAAAUGCAAAUUAAGGGGAGCCACCGCCGGUUUGAGGCCAAAUUUGGAAGAGAAUUGUCUGUUGAUGUGGACAAGCAGCGCAUGGUUAUUGCUCCUGUUCUUAGAUUAGUAUUCUCUUUGACUUCUUUGGUUGACGCGUCUGAAUUCUUCGAGACAAGAAACAAUGUCAACCUCACAAUUGUUUCUUUAAAUGGACUGGUUGGGACGGGGGUAGGAGGGUCGCAGAGGGGUAGUGUAGUGUCCCAUGUGCGUUUUGGCUCAUGGAACAUAGGGACCCUCACAGGUAAGUCAAUUGAGUUGGUGCAAGUUCUCAAGAGGAGAAGGAUUCAGGUGGCGUGCGUGCAAGAAACCAAGUGGGUGGGCACGAAGGCGCGAGAGGUUGAUGGCUUCAAACUGUGGUAUUCAGGUUCGGCUAGGAGAAGGAAUGGAGUCGGUAUUCUGGUGGCUCCGGAGCUGCGAGAGUUUGUGGUGGAGGUGAAGAGGAUUAGUGAUCGUCUAAUGUUUAUCAAGUUGGUUUUGGAUGGGUGUAUGAUCAAUGUCGUGAGUACUUACGCCCUGCAUGUUGGCUUGGCAGACGAAGUAAAGAGGGAGUUUUGGGACGCCUUGGAUGGGGUGGUUGUUGGUUUUCCACUGACUGAGAAAGUCAUCAUUGGAGGCGACUUCAAUGGCCAUAUUGGAGACUCGGCCGAGGGCUUCGAGGACGUGCACGAAGGGGUCCCAUGGUGCAUGCUUUUCGCGGAUGAUAUUGUGCUUAUCGACGACACACGCGAGGGACUAAACCAUAAGUUGGAACGAUGGCGCCUUGCCCUUGAGACUAAAGGAUUCAGAAUAAGUAGGAACAAGACUGAAUACAUGGAAUGUCGUUUCAGCGGCCGGGAAACAGAAUCAGAAGUGGAAGUUAGGAUUGACUCUCACGUAGUACCUAAGGUAGACAAGUUCCGAUAUCUUGGCUCGGUAAUCCAGGCGGAUGGGGAGUUAGACGGGGAUGUUGGACAUCGUGUUGGAGUGGCUUGGGCCAAAUGGCGGUUGGCCUCAAGGGUGUUGUGUGACCCGAAGAUUUCUCCCAGGAUGAAAGGUAAGUUCUACCGAUCCGUAGUCAGACCUGCUAUGUUAUACGGGGCAGAAUGUUGGGCGGUUAAGAAGACUCAUGUGCGUUGUUUGCAUGCGGCGGAGAUGUGGAUGUUAAGAUGGAUGUGUGGGAAGACAAGGUUGGAUAGGAUUUCGAACGAAGUUAUCCGACGUCAGGUAGGCAUGGCGCCGGUGGAGGAUAAGUUGCGGGAAGCGAGGUUGAGAUGGUUUGGGCAUGUGAGACGGCGGGAUGUUGAUGCUCCUGUGCGGAGGUGCGAGAGGAUCACGGUUAUCGGGGGAAGUAGGGGAAGGGGUAGACCUAGGAGGAAUUGGAAGGAGGUGUCAAAUAAAGUUGUACGAGAAGUUAUAGAGUUCAUCAGAGGGCAUGCAUUACUCUUUGAUCAGAUUCUUCGUGAAGAUCUUUCUGGUGCUGAUGAGUUGACAAUGGAACAGAUAAACUUGGUAGUCAGCAUACUUACCAAGAUAUGGCCAUAUGAUGAAAGUGAUGAUCUUGGGAUUGUUCAAGGGUUGUUCACCAUGAUGCGUGUUGUUUUUUCAAUCGACCCGGAAUCUUUUACCUCAAACAAAUCAAUACGCUUUGUGGAGAAUCAAAGGAAGGCUGAAGUAAACACAUCCCGUCUCUGCUUUAGUCUGAGCUCGUAUCUAUAUUUUCUGGUCACAAAGAAACGUCUGCGGCUGCAGGUCUCCGAUGGUUCAAUGGACUAUCGUUCUUCUGCUGGACAACAACAGCCAACAUUGACAUCACUUGCAUUUCUACUCUACUCUCUUACUACUUCUUUGGAAAAAGCUGCUGAGGAGAGAUAUCUUCUGCUCAACAAGAUUCAAGAUAUCAAUGAAUUGUCAAGUCAAGAAGUUGAUGAAAUUAUAAAUAUGUGUGCUCACGAAGGUUCUAUAUCAUCAUCAGAAAGCAUACAAAGAAGGAGAUAUUUAGCAAUCAUGGAAAUGUGCCGCAUAGUUGGAGACAGAAAUCUGCUCAUUACCACAUUACUUCUGGUUUCAGAAAAUGUCAUGAACAUUAUCCUCUUCCAUUUUCAGGACAGUUCUUAUGAGUGUGAUCCCACUAAGUCCGUAAAAAGGCUCACAUAUGAUUCAAAGCCUGAUGCUAAUGAUGACUUGAGCAUGCUUUGUGGAAAAUUAAUUUCUACCGUAGAAAGGCUUGGGUCGCUAAGUGAGGACAAAAUCGGACAUGAGCUCAAAGUGUUCCACAGAUUGUCAAGUUCACUCAAGGAACUAUCAAUUCAAAAGCUAGGCCUGUGAGUUGCAAAAAAGCUCAGAAACUUCAUAAAUCUUUGUUCCUCUCCUUGUUUUGAAGUUGCUGUGUCCAAAACAGUAUUAUGUGUGGGAUUGAGCAGGAGGAUGCAGACCAUGUUUUGUGGAACUCUAAUAUUUGCCAAACAUGUAUAUACUAGUGUUUGGCAAGCUUAAUAUAUCUCUAUGUUGCUGCAAAGGAGAUGAGCUCUGUUGGAGUAGAGAUCAUGAAGAUGAUGAAUACCAAGAGAGAUAAGUUUUUGCUUUGGCAAGAGGAUUGCUGAAGAGGGGACUAUUAUCUAUAUUCUCUUUUUUUUUUUGUUAAAAAUAUUUUGGAGUAGUUACUGUUUGGUUUGAUUAUGUUUUUCCACCAGUUUUGGCCUCUGUCUGAUUGAUUGUGUACCCUUGAUGUGAGUGAAUGUAUUUUCGUGCUUUCGGUUCAAAAGAAAAUAAAAAUCGCGCAUGUUCAUCGGAAAUAAAGCAAGUACGAAGUA